GAACAGUCAGGCUCCUAAAUCGAGCAGUGAGUAAUCGCUCAUCUGCUAUCCCUCGGCCCAACAGAGGAGCAAAACUCCUUCAUGAGGAAAUGUCUGCGCACUUAAAAUGAGAACCUAUUUUAUUUUCAAGCCACUCACCUGAAAACAAAUGUGAGGCAGGAUUCGCUUCUUUUGUUUUUCCAAGCGGCAGCUAUGAACGGGAGAAAAAAACGCUGUCAGUUAAGUAGCCUGCUAGCUAGCCGUAGUUAAUUGCUAAAGGGGUGCUAACAGCUAACCGUUUAUCUUUACUGUGUUAUUGUUAUUGAGGUAGACGUGUCUUUAAGGUAUAGUUUACGUAAGAUGUGAUGUGUUGUGUGUGGUUAAUCGGGGGACACAUGUCGCUGAUAAACAAGUGUACUAGUAGUUGUGAGUGUUGACAGUGUAGCUUUGCCACCUGGUUCUGUUUGCUACCUGUGUUCAACAGCUAGCCACGUAAACUGCUCCUGCCUGGUGUUGACGUAGCAGCAGCAGCAGCAGCAGCUAGCUUUCCUGUCCUGCUGCCAAUCUCACAUUGCCCAAUUCUUUUAUAUGAAUUAGGAUCUCCACCUCGUUUACAAUCUCCUUAGCAAACCAAACACACCCCGAACAGCACUAAUGACAUGAAGAAGUGUGAGUCAAAAUGCUUUAGCUGGACUUGAUUGUGUUCCUGGUGCUUGUUGCAUUGAGCGGAUGAUGAAGCGGAUCAUCUGGCUGAUAUCAGGAUUAAACAGACGAAUGAUGAAGCUGCUUUUUGCCCUCGCUUUGAUCGCCUACAUUGCCUCUGUCUGGGGAACAUAUACCAACAUGAGAUCAAUACAAGAGAACGGAGAAAUGAAGAUUGAGCAGAGGAUUGAUGAAGCUGUGGCUCCUCUCAGGGAGAAGAUUCGUGAUCUGGAACAAAGUUUUUCUCAGAAAUACCCACCUGUGAAAUUCCUGUCAGAAAAGGAUCGGAAGAGAAUUCUGAUCACAGGUGGGGCGGGGUUUGUGGGUUCCCACCUGACGGACAAGCUGAUGAUGGAUGGCCACGAGGUCACGGUGGUGGACAACUUCUUCACGGGAAGGAAGAGGAACGUGGAGCACUGGAUCGGCCAUGAGAACUUCGAGCUCAUCAAUCACGACGUGGUGGAGCCGCUCUAUAUUGAGGGUGAGUUGGAGAAUAACUGGGGGAGGGGAUACAUUGUUUAUUAAUGCUUUAAGACCUGG